AUAUGACAUGCUACCAUGACAUCACACCACUAACCUACUCAAAUAUUUCUAUUUACAGCAAACCCUAAUCCCCAAAUUCUAAUUAGAAGCAAUGAAACUGAAAUCAAUCCACGACGAUGGAGAAGAUAGAAGAAUGGGAAGAUCAUGAGCAAGCCAUAGCUCGAUUCUGCAGCUUAUCUUCCGCUCUUAAUCAAGCUAAUCUUCGCAAACUCUCUUUACAUCACCAGUUGCAAUCUCACUUACAGGUAGAGGCAGAGACGUUGAAUCGGUUAAAUGAACUUGAGGAGAUGCGAGAACAAUUGGAGUCUCGCAAAUUGUUGAUGGGAAAUAGGUCAAUGCAUUCAAAGGUUGUAAAAGAGAAAGUUAAAAGGCAAGAGGAUCAACUUAGUGCUGAAAUAAAAUCACUGCUAUUUGCGGGAACUGCUCUUUCUGUCGCUAGUAAGCAUUUGCAGGAAGCAAAUGCGUCAUUGGCUGGAGAAAGAGGUUGCACACGUCUCAAAAAUGUGCAAAAGUUGCUAAGACUGAGGCAGCAGUACAUGGUAUCACAAGUUUCAUUAAUCGGGAUAAUUAAUUUAUACGUCCUUGAACUUUGGUCCAUUUUUGAUUCAAUUGGAAAUUUACAAAGUUUGAGGAUGCAUAAAUUGACAAACUUAGUUCAAGGAUGCGAAUCAAAAAUGGACCAAAGUUCAAGGACGUAUAAAUUAAUUAUCCCUUCAUUAAUCUAUCACGUCAAGGUUGUGGUGGGAUCUACAGGGGAUCCUUCUGGACCAAUGCCUCCUGAAGAAGGAUCAUUAACUAUUUCAGGUCUUCAUCUCUCCUUGCUCCCUUUCACGAAAAUCAGCUUUUUUACUAAUAGUAAGGAGGUUCAAAGAUCUGCAACAGCCCUGGGAUAUGUUGCACAUGCCGUCUCACUUGUAGCAACCUAUUUAGAAGUUCCCUUGCGCUACCCUAUAUUUGUGGGCGGGUCUCGAUCAUGUAUACGUGAUUAUGCUCCUUCCAUAAAUCCAGCAGCUGCUUCAGCAUCAAGUGUACCACUUUCUUUAAAUUUGAAGCCUGCUGAGUUUCCUCUUUUUUUAGAUGGGCAAGAUACAACUAGAGCAGCUUAUGCCAUAUUCCUGCUAAAUAAGGAUCUAGAGCAGCUGUUAAAUUUCAUUGGUGCUCAGAGUUUAGGGCCGCGUCAUGUACUGGCUAAUUUGAGGGAACUCUUCAGGAUCAUUCUUUCUCCUGAAUAUAUCGACACAUAACUAAAGGCUCAAACCUUUGAACGUUCACGUAAAUGUUCGUAUCUAUAUUCUUACAAACAUUUAAUGUGCGCAUAUUUUAUUAUA